CGCCUAGCCCUUUUGUUGCAGGGAGCUCUGUUCUCUAACUUUUCAUUUUCUUUUUUUUUUUUUAGUUUUUUUUCCUUCUUUUUUUUCCCUUCUUUUUCAUGAUUUAGAACUUUUAAUUUAUUUCUGGGCAAUUUGAUUUAGAUUUUUUUAUAAUCAGAGCCAUUGUCAAGGGUUAGGAGGUGUGGAUCGGUUCUUCAAUUUCUCAAAAUAAAUCGUAUUUUCCCACCUGUGUCCAAAUAUACCGCCAAUUUCUCUUUGCACUGAAAUCUCUCUGUAUAAUCUCAGAUUUACUAACGAAAUUCCAAUUCCGUUUAGCUGAUCAUUUUGUUUCUAUUUAUUGGCCAUUUUGCCUUUUUGAGUUUAAUUGUCAAGGUAAGAAAAAAUUGGGACUUUUUGUGUGUUGGUUUUAGGGUUUUUUUGUUGCCCUGUUUAAUUGGAAUAUAGAUCAGAAGGAGUAGUCUUGUUGUUUUUGGUUUUUGGGUUUAUCUGAUUUUGAGUUUUGAGUGAUAUGGAUAAGAAGAAGGUGUCUGUUCCCCUUGUUUGCCAUGGCCAUUCGCGUCCUGUGGUUGAUUUGUUCUACAGUCCAGUCACGCCUGAUGGGUUCUUCCUCAUUAGUGCCAGCAAGGAUUCCAGUCCCAUGCUGAGGAAUGGGGAGACUGGUGAUUGGAUUGGAACAUUUGAAGGACAUAAAGGUGCAGUGUGGAGUUGCGGCUUGGAUACCAAUGCUCUUCGUGCUGCAACUGGUUCUGCUGACUUCUCUGCGAAAGUUUGGGAUGCCUUAACUGGGGAUGUACUACACUCUUUUGAGCAUAAGCACAUUGUUCGAGCCUGCGCCUUUUCAGAGGAUACACACCGUUUAUUAACUGGAGGAUUUGAGAAAGUUCUUCGGAUCUAUGAUUUGAAUCGGCCAGAUGCCCCUCCUAGAGAAGUGGACAAAUCCCCUGGUUCAGUUAGAACUGUUGCAUGGCUCCACAGCGAUCAGACAAUAUUAAGUUCUUGUACUGAUAUGGGUGGUGUGAGAUUAUGGGAUGUAAGAAGUGGUAAAAUAGUUCAAACUCUUGAAACCAAGUCAUCUGUCACUAGUGCUGAGGUUAGUCAAGAUGGUCGCUACAUAACAACUGCUGAUGGAUCUACUGUUAAGUUCUGGGAUGCAAAUUAUUUCGGGUUGGUGAAGAGCUAUGAAAUGCCAUGCACGGUGGAAUCAGCUUCGCUGGAACCAAAAUAUGGGAACAAGUUCAUUGCUGGGGGAGAAGAUAUGUGGAUCCAUGUAUUUGAUUUCCACACCGGUGAAGAGAUUACAUGCAACAAGGGUCAUCAUGGUCCUGUUCACUGUGUGCGUUUCUCUCCUGGAGGGGAAUCAUAUGCCUCAGGAUCUGAGGAUGGAACCAUUAGAAUAUGGCAGACUGGCCCUUUGACAAACGAAGACACUGAAGCUGUUACAGCAAAUGGGUCAGCUGGAAAAGUGAAGGUAACUGCAGAUGAGGUUUCUCGGAAAAUUGAAGGGUUCCAAAUUGCCGACGAAGGAAAAUCUGGAGAGAAGGAAGAGGCAGGAAAUGAGUGACAAUCGCCAAGUGAUAUAAGAUAUAAACCAGACUUUUUGUUUUAUUUUUGUACCAUUUUUAGUUGCUGCUGCUGCUUUGGUCAGAUGUUAAAAAUUGCCCUAUAAGAUUUUAGGUGCUGCAUUACACUCUCCUUUUACUUUUUCUUCUUUUGUUACUUUAUAUUCUGGCAGAAUGUAUAUGCAAGACGACAAGUGUAUCUUUUUUAUUCAAACAGCUUCAUGUUGGAAACUUCUUAAAGAUCAAUAGAAUUAAAAUGUUUUGAUUGAUCA